AUGGAUAAGGGUGACCAGGCUUCUCCAGCUGCCACAAUUGUUGCUGGCAUCGGCAGUAGAAAGUCGCUGGCCGCACCAGCAGACAAAUCUGACCAGCAGCAGGACAAUCAGAAGGACCUUCCUUCCAAACAAAGCAAACCAGAAUCUACUAUGCAAUUCAAAGAAACCACUACCAGUGACAUUGAUCCGACAAUUGCUGCCAUUGAUCUCACCGAACCAAAUUUAUCGGAAGACAGAUACCCCAUAGGUGCCAAAAAUAUGGAAGGAUCAUUCCGAGAGGCUGCACAAGCUGAAAUUCAGCCACUCCCACAACAGACAGCCCUUAACCGUCAACGGCCAGUAUCAAUACCAGGAGCCUACAGCCUUGGUGGCCGUCCUAAUGCCGCUGACAAUGCUGAUGACACCGAUAUUGUCCCAGUUCCUCCGUUUGCUGCCACAAUAUCUGCUCCAGCGAGCAAUGUUGAAGACCUUGAUGACGAUCAUUUGGUCCGUGCCAAUCCAGUACAAGAAGACCCAGAGGCACCCACAGAUUUGAUGCACGCCAACCCCAUGAAUCUGGAGGAACGGGAACGGCAACAGAAAAAACGCAAGAAGCAAAAUCAAACUUUUGUUUUUAUUCUGAUCCUAGUUAUUCUGGCUGGAGCGGCCAUUGUGGGCACGGUUGCUGGUACACAAAAGCAGCCAGACGAAACCAUUGGUGCUGCAACUCCUACACCCACUGCUUUUCUUUCCAUGGAACCAUCAGACGUGCCAUCCUCUGCCCCAACUGGAGCUCUUGACAUGCUGUUGGAUAGUCUUCCUGACUACACCUUGGCAAGCAUGAACAACGGCAGUGACACCCCUCAGUGGAAAGCAUGGCAAUGGCUGGCCAACCAUCAAAAUAUCACAUUUCUCCCAGAAUGGAGAAAGACACAGCUGUUUGCUAUGGCAACGUUCUUCUAUGCAUUUGAGGGAGAAAAUUGGAAUCCUCUAAUACAAGAGCGAUUGAUGGAUGACUCAGUGGAAGAGUGUGACUGGUACUCUGGUGGAUUUGGAUUGUUUAUUAACGGGCAGUUUAUGCCAUUUGAAGAUUUGGGUCUUCCGUCUAUUGACCCUGCAAUGAUCAUGGAAAGUUGA